AUGGCCCAGUCCAAGCCUCUCCUCAUGCCCUGGCUCCGGGCUCAGAUCAACAGUCAGCAGUAUCCUGGAGUGUCCUGGACCAACACAGAGCUCACAGAGUUCUCCAUCCCCUGGAAACACGCCCUGAGACAGGACUCCUCCAGCUCAGACAUCCUCAUCUUCAAGGCCUGGGCGGAGGUCAGUGGGGGCGGACGGGCUCAGGGCGACCCCUCGGUGUGGAAGAGGAAUUUCCGCAGUGCCCUGAGAGCGAAAGGAUUCACGAUGGUUUCUGACAACAAAAAUGACACUGCCAAUCCUCACAAGAUCUACAGAUGGCCGGACGAAACCAGGUCAAAAACCUCUUCGUCUCUGUCUCCUGAUCCUCCUCAUCCCGACGCCGCCGACGACUUUCCCUUUCCGACACAAGAAAGCCAGCCACACGAGGUGCUGUGUCUCUAUUCUGAGUCAGACGUGUUUCCAGAUCUGAGCGGCAGCAGCGACAUCCUGCACACAUGUAUGCAGGAGCUCAACAUUUGUCCUGAAGCAGAGAGCUCUGAGCCUCCAGCCGAGCAACAGCGGCUGGGAGCGGCUGUGAUUGGAGGGCUGGGGCUGUGUGGGCAGCAGCAGUAUCCAGUGGCUGCUGAGGCUGCGGAGCAUGGAGCAGGGUUGCCGAGGCAACCAUCACAGCCAAUGGAGGAAGGGGGAGGCGGGGCACAUGAUCCGGCCCAGCACUUCCUCGACACAGUCACUCAGACUGACGAUGGAAGUCAUUUCAAGACUCAGUUCAGGAUCAGUGUGUUCUACAGAGGACGGCAGGUGCUGGAUCAGCUGGUUACCAACGAGUCCGGAGUGCGGAUAGUCUACAGCUCCAAUCCUGUGCCUGGUGCUGUGGAGCCAGAGUCUGGUCUCUCCCUGGUUUUUCUGCCGGCUCCUCAGGACAUGGCAGACCAGGUCCAGGCCACUCUGACGCAGAGGAUCCUGGACUCUCUGGGCUGGUUGGACGUGGGCGUGUCCCUACAUGUGGUGUACGGUCAGCGCCGCGGAGAGUCUAAGGCUUACUGGAGCUUCUCAAAGUUUGACCAAAGUAGACGGCCACAAGAGGUCCCCAAAGAGCCACAGCCGCUCUACAUGUUUAAAGACUUUGUGAAAGGAAUUAUAGAUUUCACGGAGGGAAAAGAAAGUCCUCCGAGUUCGUUGUUCUUCUGUUUGGGAGAGAAGUGGCCGGACCCCGACAACAAGCCCUGGAGCAAGAAGCUCAUCACUGUGGAGGUGGUGCUGACUUCGAUGGAGAAUCUGAAGAACAUAGCGGUGGGGCUGGGCGCCUCCUCUCUGCAGUCAGUGGAACUGCAGCUGUCUCUGGAGCAGAUGAUGGACAUGUACUGA